AUGUCGUGGGGAUUAGGUUGGAAGAGGCCAUCCGAUGUGUUUCAUCUAUCUUUACAUUACGGUAUAGAGGAAACAAUAGAUGAUCAAAACCGUUCACCUUCAUCAUCAUCACCGCCUUCGUCGAGUUUAUCGUCGGAAAAAGACAACCACAUUUGUAACGACCAAGAGUUAGGGUUUCGAAUCGAUCUCGAUUGGAAUGCCGCCGAUGACGAUGGUCAGGUUGCAUUGAGGCUCCAGUCUCAGGUAAUGGUAGCUUUGCCUUUGCCGCAAGAUACGGUGGUGAUCACGUUGUCGGAAACAGCAUGUGAUGAUUCCGGUGGGGAUUUGGUGCGUGUGGGUAUGAAGGUUGUGAAACAGAGAGAUCCACUUAGGGCGGUUGCCAUGUCACGGGUCGGAGGGUCCGGCCAACAGUAUGAUGGAAUGGGCGUCCUUACUAAGUUGAUGCAAUCAGAUUUUGCAGCCGCCUCUGGGUGGGGUAUGGGUACGGGUACGGGUCAAGCUGUUGUGGUAGGGGUGAGAUUUAUCGCUGAUCAUUGGACGAAUGUUACUGUCGUCAGCCUCUACAGUUGCGGUUUGUCUACACUUCCAGUAGAGUUGACUAAACUGCCACUUCUUGAGAAGCUAUAUCUUGAUAACAACAAGCUGUCAAAUUUACCCCCAGAAGUUGGCGACAUGAAAAGCCUUAAAGUACUCACAGUUGACUACAACAUGUUAGUUUCAGUACCAGUUGAACUCAGGAGGUGCAUUGGACUCGUGGAGUUAUCACUUGAACACAAUAAGCUCGUCUGUCCUCUUUUUGAUUUCAGGGCAAUGGCAGAAUUACGUGUUCUCAGGCUAUUUGGUAAUCCGCUUGAAUUUCUUCCCCAAAUUUUGCCUUUGCACCAACUUCGUCACCUUUCUCUUGCAAACAUCCGUAUAGUUGCAGAUGACCAUCUGAGAUCAGUCAAUGUGCAGAUAGAGAUGGAGAAUAGUUCAUACUUCUCUUCGCGACACAAGCUGAGUGCCUUUUUUGCACUUAUAUUUCGUUAUUCUUCAUGCCACCACUCUUUGCUGGCAUCAGCCCUUGCAAAGAUGAUGCAAGAUGAAGGAAACCGUGUGGUUAUUGGUAAAGAUGAAAAUGCAGUUCGCCAGCUCAUCAGCAUGAUAAGUAGCGAAAACCAUCAUGUGGUUGAGCAAGCUUGUUCUGCACUUACCUCUCUUGCCUCGGAUGUAUCCGUAUCGCUUCAGUUGAUGAAAUGUGACAUCAUGCAACCCAUUCAAAGAGUUCUGAAUUCUGCGGGCCCUCAAGAGCUGAAAUCCGUUUUGCAAGUUGUGGCAAAAUUAGGGUUUGUCUCUGAUACAGUCGCCCAAAAGAUGAUGAACAAGGAUGUGGUGAGAUCUUUAAAAAUCUUAUGCGCACAUAAAGAUCCUGAGGUACAAAGGGCGUCUUUACUAGCUAUUGGGAACUUAGCCUUCUGUUUAGAAAACCGGCUGAUGCUUGUUGCUUCUGAAAGUUUGAGGGAUCUUCUUCUACGGCUUACAGUUGCAUUUGAGUUACGUGUGAGGAAAGCUGCAGCUCGUGUUCUUGCAAUUCUCGGGGAGAAUGAGAGUCUGCGGCGUUGUAUCAAAGGAAGACAGGUACCAAAGCAAGGACUGCGUAUACUUACAAUGGAUGGAGGUGGGAUGAAAGGUCUUGCUACUGUUCAAAUUCUUAAGGAGAUUGAGAAGGGAACAGGGAAACAGAUACAUGAGAUGUUUGACCUUAUAUGUGGCACUUCAACCGGUGGCAUGCUUGCUGUUGCUCUUGGAAUUAAACUCAUGUCCUUGGAAAAAUGUGAAGACAUAUACAAAAAUCUAGGAAAACUUGUUUUUGCGGAACCCGUUCCAAGGGAUAACGAAGCAGCAACUUGGAGAGAGAAGUUCGAUCAGCUUUACAAAAGUUCGUCACAAAAUUUUAGAGUUGUUGUACAUGGAUCUAAACACAGCGCUGAUGAAUUUGAGAGAUUAUUGAAAGAGAUAUGUGCAGAAGAGGAUGGAGAUCUCUUAAUAGACUCAGCAGUGAAAAAUAUUCCCAAAGUUAUUGUAAUAUCGACUUUAGUCAGCGUGUCGCCUUCUCAGCCAUUUAUAUUCCGUAACUAUCAGUAUCCUGCAGGGACACUAGAAGCUCCUUUGACAAUUGCAGAAAAUUUAGCAGCAACAAGUGGGGGAUCUGUAACAUCAACUAAUGGUGCUCAAAUUGGAUACAAACGUGGUGCUUAUAUGGGAAGCUGUAGACAUCAUUUAUGGCAAGCUAUUAGAGCAUCAUCUGCAGCUCCAUAUUAUCUCGAUGAUUACACUGAUGGUAUAUUUCGGUGGCAAGAUGGUGCGAUUGUUGCAAAUAACCCUACUAUUUUUGCAAUACGAGAAGCACAACUGUUAUGGCCAGAUGCAAAAAUUGACACCUUAGUUUCAGUUGGUUGUUGUUCUGUUCCAACUAAGGUUCGAAAAGGUGGGUGGCGUUAUUUGGAUACUGGCCAAGUGUUGGUUGAAAGUGCAUGUUCAGUUGAGAGGAUCGAGCAUAUGUUAAGCACAUUGCUCACCAUGAUUCCUGAUAUUCAGUAUUUUCGAUUCAAUCCAGUGGAUGAACGUUGUGAUAUGGAGUUGGAUGAGACUGAUCCUACCAUAUGGCUUAAGUUGGAAGCAGCCACUAAUGAUUAUAUUCAGAACAACUCUUCAGCUUUUAAACAAGUGUGUGAAAAAUUGUUGCAGAAUUAUAAGGAUGGAAAAAUGCCUGACAUUCUAAACUCUCCUCAGUUCCUCAAGCCAAGGCGCCUAAAUAUAGGUGAAAACGGACCUUGUUUAGGCUGGAGACGCUAUGUGCUACUAGUGAAGGCUUCAAAUUCCCCGGAUUCUCGGAAAAACUUAAGCAGCCAUAUUCAAUCACUCGAGACAUUUUGUUCAGGAAAUGGAAUAAAAAUAUUUCUCAUGGAUGUGACAUCAUCAUCAUCAUCAUCAUUAUCAUCUCCCUCUCCACCUACAUCAUCACCAUUGUUCACUGCAAGCUUCCCAUCAAGUUCACGUCUCUUUGGUUCUGAUACUGGGCCUGGGCCCCACUUAGGUCUUGAUGGAAACUUUACAGAUAAAAGUUGUGCCCCACCACCCCCCUUAGAAUCACCAACAACACUAAGAAAGCUCUCAGAGCCGAUUCGAUACCUACAUGACAAGUUACAGAAUUCACCACAGGUUGGAGUUGUUCAUUUGGCUCUUCAAAACGAUUCAAAUGGCUCCAUUUUAAGUUGGAAAAAUGAUGUAUUUGUGGUUGCUGAACCGGGUGAGCUGGCAGAGAAGUUUCUGGAAAAAGUGAAAUAUAGUUUUCAGUCGAUGUUGAAAGGGGGGCGUAGGCGUUACAUGUCAGACAUUUCAAACAUCUCUUGUGUUGCUGAUUUGGUUGCCUGUAGGCCCUACUUCCAGAUUGGGGUUGUUGUACAUCAGUACAUAGGCCGACAAACUCAGGUUAAUGAAGAAGGUCAAGAAUUUGGAGCUUACAUGUUUCGUAGGACUGUUCCUUGUAUGCACUUGGCUCCUGCAGAUGUUCGUUGGAUGGUUGGUGGUUGGAGAGAUAGAAUUAUAAUAUACACGGGCCUAUAUGGGCCAACGACAGCUCUAAUAAAAGCAUUUCUAGACUCGGGUGCUAAAGCCGUUAUUUGCCCUUCAAUACAACCCGAAGAAACACAAACACACUUAACAUCAUUCCAUGGAUCUUUCAACUUAACUGAACUGGAGAGAGUUAAAUUUGAGAUCGGGGUGGAGGACCUAGAAGAUGAAGAUGUGAUGACAGUGGGGCCCAUGAGCCCAGGGAGUGAAUGGGAAGACAUGACAAUGGAGAGAGAGACACCCACUCCGGGUGUAGCAGCAGGUCGAGGGACGUUAAUUUGGGAUGAUGAUGAUGAGGAAGAUCUAUCCAAUUUCACGCAUCACUUGUAUGAUUCCAUAUAUCUUAGAGGAGAGAGAGUUGAUGUUGCUUUACUAAAUGCUCUUGAUGCUCAUCGGACAAUUAGGUAUUCAUGUCAUCUCCCUCGUCUGCUUUAG